UUCAAGGGUAGAGGGAAUUGGAGACUAAAUGAAUCCUUGCUACAAGACAGUAAAUUCGUGGAACAAAUAAGGGUCGAACUAACAAACUACUUUCAAAUAAAUUCCAACGGUGAAACCUCGGUCUUGAAUACCUGGUCGGCCCACAAAGCCGUAGUCCGGGGCUUAUUUAUUAGACAGUCCUCGUACCUUAAAAAACACAGGCAAACAACCAUUUUAGCUUGCCAAACCCAACUAACAGCAUUAACUGCCCAAAAUAAACACACACCCUCACGAACCCUUGCAAGGCAAAUCCAAGCUCUAACGGACAAACUCACCGAACUAAAUGUGGCCAAAACCUCAUACCUCCUACACAAAUUGAAAGCGACCCAAUACCACCACAGUGGAAAAGCUACCAGGCACUUGACUACCAGAUUGAAAG